UAUAACAUGGUACUCCUAUAUUUUAUACAGCAGUACUUAGUAUACUGUAAGUAGUAUCAGUUAUCACGUUCAUUACGUGUCACUAUACAAGGGAGUACAGGGUAAGGGUACAGUGGUACACACGCACACGCCGACCGACGAAGGGAAAGAGUGACGCGAGUGCCUUUUUUAAUUUUUGUUUCCAUCCCUCGUCAUCGUCUGUACCUAUUAUAUAUUUAUAUUUAUAUAUUGGCUGUAUAAGUAUAACAUACUAGUUACGUUGUGCAUAGCCACCCCAAAGUGCGAGCAUAAGUCAAUAAUAUACACUCAAAUAUAUUUUUUUUUACCUGAAAGAAAAGAAAAAAGAAAAAGAAAAAAAUUUUGUUCCUCGACUCAACAAGCUCGCACAUAGUUAUUACUCGAACUAGCUAAGCAACGCUCUUCAAUUGUCUGUCUCUCUCCAUCUCUCUUCCUCUCAAGAGGACGCAAUUUUGCCAUAAUAUUGAGUACUCUCCAUUACCAAGAAUUUUUUUUCCCCAUUUCUACUAGGAAGUGAAUUUUGCAAUAUACCUAUAAAUUUUGGCUCGGAUUUUGGACGGUCAGGGACUACGGGUGCCUUCUUGGCACUCUCUCUUUCUUUUCACACUCACGACCAGGCGACAGUGCCUCCUUCUUCGUCGCUACCCCGAGAGGUAGGUCCGACCGUCCGAACCGCCCGCAGCAGCAGCCGCCCACCACCCCUCUCACCACACACCUAUAGGUAUCAAUAUCAUGCCCGUUGUCACACACGACCACACGACACACGCGAUAAGGAUACUUACUACUAUAUAUACUACACCGUUCUUGCGCUAGUCGACUAUUUUUCCGGAAACCGGACCAAGUUCUUCUUUUGUUAUUCAAGUAUCCUUCUUGUCUUGUUUUAGUUUUCUUUUGAUUGACAUUCGAUCGACGGUAAACGGCUGUUCGAGUUCUCUCUUUGCUGCACCACUGUUCGGCUUUUUAUUUUCUCGCCAACGCGUCUUUCGAUAAUUUUUUUUAUAAAAUUGGUAUGUAUGUGUUAUAGUGUAUAGGCUCCAAGUUUCGGUAGCUUUUCAAGGUGCUAUGAACUCUACAUCUCUUUUUUACUGAGAGGAAGACAAAAAAAAAAACGGUGGAGCAGAAUCGAGUCUGUUUUACAAGACUUGACUUUUCUCAGAGCUGUGCGCACAGCUGAGUAGACGUGGACGUGAAAUAACCAUGGCAUCUUCAGCUGCCACAUCUUUGUCAGUUCCUAAUGGGACAAGCUCCGCAACCUCGGUCAAUAACUCGCAUAGCGGAUCAGUUAAGAGCGAUGAAAUCGACGGAUCCGAAAGCUACGGGGAAAAAAGUGCAAGCUUUGGUUCAAGAAAUCAAGUGGACUCCCUGGAGGAGAUGAGUUACAGCGGUGGUGACUCUGCUGAUGAUAAUCACUGCGGCAUCUGUUGCAAGAAGCUGACCUCACCACGUGUUCUAUCUUGCUUGCAUGUAUUUUGCGAAAAUUGUCUUGACGAACACUGCAAUGCCAAGGAUAGAGAACUGAAAUUAAGCAUGGUCAUUGCCUGUCCCAUGUGCCAGCAGGAAACACGUGUUGGCACCAAGGGAGCAGCGUCCCUACCUUGCGACUACGUUCUCACAAAUAUUCUGGACAUGUCUGCCAUCAAAAAUACAUCUGUACUUUGUACAUCAUGCAAGGCUAUGGAAAAUGCAGUGGCUCGUUGCUCCGAUUGUGCCAACUUUCUAUGUCCAAAUUGUAACACUGCACAUCAGUUUAUGCGCUGCUUUGAGAAUCACAAGGUCAUUGGAUUUGAUGACUUGAGAAGAUCUGAAGAAGCAACUCCUAUUCACAAACCCAUUUUUUGUGAAUCUCAUCCAUCGGAGAAUAUGAAGUUUUAUUGUUACACAUGCCAGGUUCCGAUUUGUAAUGAGUGCUUACUCAUUGAGCACAAGGCACCUGAACAUCAAUAUGAACGUAUAAAAGAUGCAGAACCACGUCAAAAGGAAGAAUUAGUUAAUUUAGUAAAUGAAAGUAAAGCUAGAAUAGGUGAUUGUGAUCAUAUAUCUUCUCAGCUUGAAAAUGCUCUGAGUGAGUUGCAAGCUCAACGUGACCAAGCCAAAGAUUUGAUUCUGGAAACUUUCCAAAGCUACAAAGCGAUUCUUGAAAAAUACAGAGAUAAAGCUCUUGAUGAUCUAGAAAAAGUACAUUCUGAGAGAGAACUGGAGAUAAUGGACUCAUUUCAUAGCAUUGAAAAAACUGUUGAAAAAAUUGAGUGUGCAUGUCAAUUUACUAAUCGUCUUCUUGAACAUGGAGAUGCAAUAGAGGUUUUAUCUCUUCAUAGAAUAGUAACUAAUCAGCUCUCCGAUUUAUUGAAAACCAUGCCAAAACCAAACAUGUCGUCAUCUAUAGAAUUCCAGACAGAUUACAAUAAUUUUGAGAAAAAAAUUGGGGAGGCGUAUGGAAAAGUCUGUGCUGGAAAUCAUCCACCGCUUGUACAAUCACCAAUGGGAAACGUUGAUAGUCUACCUGGACUUACCAGUCAGCCAGUAAAUCAGGCACCUAUGAAUUGUUCAAAUUCACUGAGUGCGAGCUCACCUAUUUCACUCCCAACGUCAAUGCAAUCUUCGUUUGAAGGUGAUCCAACUUACUCUGUGAUUCCCCCUGUGUCGAGUCCAAAUAUUCCUCCUCCCCCACCGUCUAUUCCAGUCUCCAUUCCUUCAGGUCCCAUGCAUGGUCUUACCAGCAUUCAAGAGUACAAUCUUCAGCAAUUGGCAAGCCUUGCUGAAAAAGUCGAUAUUUCGGGUGACACGGGAGUCGUAGGACCAAGCGCUAAUCCCAGCCCAACUCCGUCCUUUACUCUUGCUGAUCUUUUUGCUGGUGACCUUAGCUCAACUAGUCAUGCUAUUAAUAAUCUGCAAGCCUUAGCAAAACUUGGAAAUUCCUUGGGUAAUCAAGAUUUAAAUUCANGCAAGUAA